AUUGGAUGGAACUGGAAGUGAAACGUGAGAGUGGGAGGCAUAACCGAACAGGCCGGAUUGGUACCGCGUUUCCAAACAAGACCUCGCUCACCUCGCUCCCUUCUCAGUGUUGAAGCUCCAAAGUUUCCUCUCUAUGAAGCCCCAAAUAUCAACAACCGACUGCUUAAAGUAAGGUCUGGAAGACAAGAUGACGAAGGUUGACCAGGCAUCUGCUGUUGAAUCUCGGCGUGCUCAGAUGACUGGAACGAGUACUUCGCCUGCUGCAACUACUAGUAGUUCAAGGAUCUCCAUGUUUGGAGCAAAGUCUGGGUUUGUUAUCCCGAAAAAUAAAUUAUCAGGCUCUAUGGUUCCCAUCUUCCGGGCUGGUAAAAAAUUGGGAAGUAGUGAUGGGGCAAAUGAAGAAAGUACCAAAACGGUUCAGAGAAAAACUAAAUGGGGCCCUGAUCUGACACAGGAUGCUGCUGUCAGAAGAGGAACAGCUUUAGCUUAUCAGACUCGGGUGGAUCAAAUUACACUACAGCUAAAGUCAGGAGUACUGGAGAUUGGCGACAAUCAAGAUUCAUCAUUGGUAGCCCAGGUUCCUGAUCAGGAGUUUCCCAGCCAUCAGAAUAACAGUGAGAUUUCAGAACUGUUGGAACUUGAAAGACGGGAAGUUAUUGGUGAGAUAUUGAAGUUAAAUCCAAGUUACAAAGCCCCACCGGAUUAUAAACCAUUGUUGAAAGAGGCCAGAGUUCCUAUCCCUGUGAAAGAAUAUCCUGGGUACAAUUUCAUUGGCUUAAUAUUUGGGCCUGGGAGUGAUACUCUAAAGCGUCUAGAAAAGGAAACUGGAGCAAAGGUACAAGUAUAUGGUAACAAAGCGGAUACAGGACAGAAGGUUGAAAUUACUCCAUCUGAUGGAAUCCAGAGUGCUCAUGAAGAAUUAUAUCUUCAUAUAUCAGCCGAGACAUUUGAGAAAGUUGAUGCUGCAGUCGCGCUGAUUGAAUUGCUAGUCACUCCGGUUUCAGGAAAUCCAGCUGCUGUUUCCACCACACCAACUUCAGUUUCUGGGGAUAAUGUGAAUGUUCAUAAUCAAAGCCAGGAAGUGGUCCCUACUACUGUGGUAAACCCAGGAGUGGUGCAACCAGUGUCAGGUCCUUCACAAACUCCUCCACAAGGUCAGUUUCAAUACCCUGGACCAUGGUUUCCCAUUGGCCCUCCUCCCAUUCCAAUGCACCCGCCUUCUGGCUUCAUUCCCCCAUCGAAUCCUUCAGCACAAAUUCUCAACAAUCCUCCUCAUCUACCAUCACCGUCUUUCAGUGCUUCAAACAUGCCUUCAUUGUUUGGGCCUCGGCCAUCACCAGCAGCUGGAUUUGGCUCAGUACUCCGAAACCCAUCUCCUGUUCCCCUCAGGCCACAGUCAUCAAUUCAGAUGCUGCAGCGGCCAUACAUGCCUCAGGCAAAUCUGCCAAUGUUGGCUCAGCACCCAUUAUCGGCUCAACCUAAUGUUUCAGCUCCUCUUCCAUUUCCUGUCAACCAAGCCACACCUCUGGGACCACCAACAACUGGAAGGCCUUCAAUGCCUUUGUUGCCUCAAUCUGUACCAAACCUUCUUUCAGGACCACUACCUGACCGGCCCAUAACCCCUGCUGGGAGCUCUACUGGAUGGCCCAGAGUGCCAUUAGGCACUCCAGCAUCCCUAGGCCCAAACCAAAUGGUGCAGAUGACCACAUCAAUGGUUCCUGGAGUUCCACGGCCUGUUGUAGCAUCUGUAGCACCACCAUCAAAUAUCUCAGCAGCCAAUAUGGUAUCACCUGUAACCUUUUCAUCCCGGCCAUCUGCUCCCCAAUUACCCAGCACACAGCAGAACCGUCCCAUUACACCCCCAACCUUUGCUUCUGUUCCACCACCUCAGAUGGGGCCCUCCCCUACAACUCCAGUUUCUCUCCCUCCAGCACCUGUACCUCCACAAAUGCAACCAUUAACUACACCGGCACCAAUUCCUAACCCAUCCCCAAGGCCUGUAUUGGGGUCCACUCCAGUUCCUUCAUCAAUGCCAUCAUCUACACCCCCAACACCUCUGCAGUUUGGGAUUCCAAGUUCUGUUUCUGGAGGUAUCCCUAGCUUCACUUCUGUAAGGCCUCCUCCUGUAGCAACUCUGAUACCACAAAGGCCAAGUUCCAGUGAUUUCACUUUUCAGCCUCAUCAGCCACUUAAUGCAGUCUCCCAGGCUGUUCCCAUGCCUAGCAGUCAACCUACAACUCAGAAUCCUCUGCCCCCUAAACCAAUUAUGCAACCUCCUAUGGCACCGCAACCGCCAUCUUUCAGGGUGGCCAUGCACAAUUCAACUCCCCCAGCCACCAUGCCCCCGUUUCUGAGGCCACAGGUUAACAAUCAGAUGGGUCCACCUCAUUCCCAAAUAUCUGCUGCAUCCUUUCCUGGAAUGCCAUCUUCCUUGUCUCCCAUGUCAGCUCCUCUCAGACCCCCAGCAUUUCAAAGUCCAAGUUCUGUUGCAGCUGCAAUUCCAGUCCCACAAAGGGGACCAGGGAACUUCAACCCAGUUCGCCAAAUCUCCAAUUUGCCUGGUCCUUUCCCUUCCAGAUCAGGAAAUGCUAUGCAACUCCAGCAGAACUUUCCAGCUCCACCAGCUCGGCCAGGAAACCCAUCAGCCCCAAAUCAGCACUUUGGCAACAUGUCCUUUGCUUCUCCUAGACCAGCCUCUGGCCCUCAUGGAGCACCGCAAAUAUAUGAUCCAUUCUCCCCGACUUCUGUGCCUCGUGCACCUCCGCAGCAGGGAGGUAAUCCAGCAAAGCUGAGAAAACAGGAGAAUGACCCAGAGUACGAGGACUUGAUGGCCUCUGUUGGAGUAAAAUAACUAUGGUUUUGGUGAGGCAAUUGGUAGGGUGAAAUUGAGUUGGGUGAUGUAGGGAUCCAAAUAGAAGGAAAUGAAAUUUCACAGGUUUCUAGACAUUCAAUUGACCUCUUCUUCUCUGAAGUCUAAUAUCUCCUGAACAGAGAAAUAUGUCGUUAAAGUACUAUUCACUAUUUCCUCUCCUGAUUACUGAUUGUAUCCCCUUAUUUUGAAAUCUGCUUGCUUCUUUUAUAUGGUUCAAAGUUAUGAACUAGUCAGGCACUAUAAUAUUGGAAAGACGUUCAUUUUUUUAUGUUAUUUACUAUAGCAA